AUGGCGAUUCUCUUCCUUCUUCCUCCCAUCGCUUUGCCUGCUACCUUCGACGUGAUCAACUACGGUGCCAUUGGAGACGGCAAAACAGACGAUUCUCAGGCAUUUUUACGAGCAUGGGCGGCGGUCUGCAAAGAUGCAUCAGCGACGCCCUCUGUUCUAAACAUCGGAUUCAAAACUUUCUUGAUCAAUGCUGUUCUUAACUUCAUGGGCCCAUGCAAGCCUUCCUCCAUCACUGUCCAGAUAACUGGAGUUAUAGUAGCCCCGGGAACAGGAAUCAUAGAUGGUAAAGGUCAAGCUUGGUGGGACAAGUGCCGAAGUGGUUGCAUUCUUGGCCCCGCCCAAGUUUUGAUGAACGGAUGUAAUAAUUUGGUGGUGAAGGGUUUGAAGCUGGUGAACAGCCAACGAUCGCAUUUGGCCAUCACCAACUGCAACGAUGUUCUGUUGUCUCAACUAACCAUCACUUCGCCGGGGGAUAGCCCCAACACUGACGGCAUCGACGUCUCCAACUCUCGUCGAAUCCGGAUCGAAUGGUCAACCAUCGCCACAGGCGAUGACUGCAUCGCCAUCAACCGGGGCACCUACCAAAUCAACAUCACCGGGAUUGCUUGCGGCCCCGGCCAUGGCAUAAGCAUAGGGAGCUUAGGAAAGGAUAAAAGCUCGUCUGAGGAAGUGACGGAUGUGAUCGUGAAGCAGUGCAAUUUUACGAGAACCACGAACGGCGUACGAAUCAAGACAUGGCAGGGCGGAGUGGGUUUUGCAAGUAGAAUCAUAUUCGAAGACAUCAACUUCAUUUCUACCCGAAAUCCUAUCAUCAUCGAUCAAACUUACUGUGACAAGCCUUAUGGAUACUGCAAGAACGUGCCAGGUGCAGUGAAAGUGACAGGAGUGACGUACCAGCGGAUGCAUGGCACAUCGCCAGAUCCGGUGGCUGUGACAUUGACCUGCAGCCCUUUGGCUCCUUGCUCCGGCAUUGUUAUGAAGGAAGUGAUGAUUAGGAGAGAUGACGGUGGCGCCACCUCCUCCUUUUGUAGCAACGCCUUGGGAUCCAUCGGCAAAGAAUGCCAGCCUAAAGUCAAUUGCCUGACAACCACCUCCUAA